AUCCUUCCCGCCCGGGAGCACCUCCCCACCUGCCCAGCCAUGGGGGAGGACCUCGCCCAAGCCGAGAAGCUGCAGCACCUGGGCUCUGGCACGUGGCAGGAGAAGCCAGCCAGCCCCAGCCUAGCGCCCUCCUCCACGCCGAGCCCCAGCCUGAACCUGGGGAGCACGGAGGAGGCCCUCCGGGACAGCGCGCAGGUGAACGCCGUCACGGUGCUCACGCUGCUGGACAAGCUGGUGCACAUGCUGGACGAGGUGCAGGAGAACCAGCACCACAUGGAGCAGCGGCAGAUCAGCCUGGAGGGCUCCGUGAAGGGCAUCCAGAACGACCUCACCAAGCUCUCCAAGUACCAGGCCUCCACCGGCAACACGGUGAGCAAGCUGCUGGAGAAGUCGCGCAAGGUCAGCGCGCACACCCGGGCGGUCAAGGAGCGCAUGGACCGGCAGAGCGCGCAGGUGAGGCAGCUGGAGGCCAACCACGCCCAGCUGCUCCGGCGCAACCACUUCAAGGUGCUCAUCUUCCAGGAAGAAAGUGAGAUCCCUGCCAGUGUGUUUGUGAACGAGCCGGCCUCCAGCCCCGCGGGAGAGAAGGGGCAGCUCGCUGAUGGGCACAAGUCCCUGGAGGAAACCCUGCACACGGUGGACCUCUCAUCGGAUGACGAGCUUCCCCACGAGGAGGCCCUGGAAGACAGCGCGGAGGAAAAGGUAGAAGAAAGUAGGGCAGGGAAAAUAAAACGAUCUAGCCUCCGGAAAGUCGAUAGCCUCAAGAAAGCGUUUUCUCGCCAGAACAUCGAGAAAACAAUGAACAAGCUGGGCACGAAGAUCGUAUCUGCCGAGAGGAGAGAGAAGAUUAAGCAAUCCCUCGCCCCCAGUCACCAGAAGACCUCUUCGGGGAAAAGCUCCCCCUUCAAGGUUUCCCCCCUCACCUUCGGGCGGAAGCAAGGCCGGGGGGGCGAGAGCCCGGCGGAGACGGACACCAAGUCCGCAGACGUGGCUGGCGGCGGCCGGAGACCCGCCGCGCGGGAAGAGGGUCUUUCCCACGUGUGCGCGUCCAGGGCCCCGCUGGAGGGAAAGAGCGCGGAGGGGCGCGCGGGACGGGCAGCCCCCCGGGGGGGCAACAGCCACUUGACCGUUGAGGAGGAUGAAGAGGCGCCCUCGGUGGCCUCGGUGGCCGAGGAAGAGGCCCAGAAGGUUCACGACGAGGGCGGCGACCUGCUGACCUCGGAGGGCGCGGAGGACCCGGCGCGGCCUGCGGUGCUGCCCGUGGACCAGACGCCCUGA